GGGCAGGGGCGGUGUUGCGCCGCCGCUAGGGGACAGAGCGCUGUGAGCGGGCGAUUUCCCGGACCCGCCCCGCCUCGGCUGCGGGAAUGCUAAAGCGUGGCAGGGGCCGGCCCGGGAAGCGGAGGAGGCGGGUCUCCAUAGAAACCUCCACCUGUUUCCGGCCAGGCUGUGUGAAAUUAGGGGCUGUUGCGGGGGCCAAUCUCAGCCAGCUCGCUUCUUCCCGGCGGCCCCUGCGGGCGCGGUGGGUGUUGUACACAAUCAUCAUGGCGGCGGCCGGAGCCCCGGAUGGCAUGGAGGAGCCAGGCAUGGACACGGAGGCCGAGGCUGUGGCCACCGAGGCGCCCGCACGGCCCCUCAACUGCGUGGAGGCCGAAGCAGCGUCGGGGCCAGCGGCCGAGGACUCCUGCGACGCGCGAGGCAGUCUGCAGCCGGCCCCGGCCCAACCCCCUGGGGACCCCGUGGCCCAGGCCUCAGUCAGCAACGGCGAGGACGCGGGUGGCGGUGCGGGCAGGGAGCUGGUGGAUUUGAAGAUAAUCUGGAACAAGACCAAGCACGACGUGAAGGUCCCUCUGGACAGCACGGGUUCCGACCUGAAGCAGAAGAUUCACUCCAUUACAGGUCUCCCACCUGCCAUGCAGAAGGUCAUGUAUAAGGGACUUGUUCCUGAAGAUAAGACAUUGAGAGAAAUAAAAGUGACCAGUGGAGCCAAGAUCAUGGUGGUUGGCUCUACUAUAAAUGAUGUUUUAGCAGUAAACACCCCCAAAGAUGCUGCCCAGCAGGAGGCAAAGGCUGAAGAAAAUAAGAAGGAGCCCCUCUGCAGGCAGAAGCAACACAGAAAAGUGCUGGACAAAGGAAAACCUGAAGAUGUGAUGCCCUCUGUUAAGGGUGCCCAGGAGCGCCUGCCAACAGUACCCUUGUCUGGCAUGUAUAAUAAGUCUGGAGGGAAAGUGAGACUCACCUUUAAGCUAGAGCAAGACCAGCUGUGGAUCGGCACUAAAGAGCGGACUGAGAAACUGCCUAUGGGCUCCAUUAAAAACGUGGUCAGUGAACCUAUCGAAGGACAUGAAGAUUACCACAUGAUGGCGUUUCAGUUGGGCCCCACGGAAGCCUCUUACUACUGGGUGUACUGGGUUCCAACUCAAUAUGUGGAUGCAAUCAAAGACACUGUGCUGGGCAAGUGGCAGUAUUUUUGAAAGCACUUUCACCUCUGGCCCAGGAGACUGACCCAAAGUGAAGGACAUUGCCGGGAGAGGUCUGCAGCAUCCCUGGAUUGCAGAGUUCUGGGACUUUGUUCACACACACAAAAUCUCUAUUCAAUCUGAGGUGAUGUGGUGACUGAAGCCAGAGGUGAUGUACUUUCACCAUUAGCUUAAUUUGAACUUAAAAUCACCGGUUCCCUUUCUUGCAGUCAGCUUCAUACCAUUUUUAAAGUCAGUAUGGUGGAAAUUAAUAAAUCCAAGUUUUGAACAUGUGUGGAAUACUCUUAAGUCUGUUUGAGAGUAGAUCUGCCAGUAAUGCUGAGAGGGAAUAAUCAAAAGCUUUCUGGUUGUUUUCUUUUUCUCUGCUCAUUUUCUUUUUUUUUCUAGUUUUUAGAAGUGAUUUCAACUGAAAUCUUCAGAUGUCUUUGGUUGCAAACAUUUGGACUGCGUUAUGAUGAGUCAGGUUGUUUUUUUUCUUUUCCUUUGGAGUUAAAAUUGUAUGCAAAAUGGGGGCGGUUAGUAAGCCAUAUUUUUGUGCGUGUGUGCUCAUUGAUUCAGAUAUAAUUUUUUUUAAAAUGUUUUCUUCCCUAUGAUUUUGUUUUAAACCCAAAGAUGCCAGUUUCUCUUUUGGUACCUCAUGUUCACCUCCUUGCCAGGCUGUCUGCCAUGUGCUGCUGCUGGGGAAUGCACAUGGGGAGAGAACAGCUGUGGUCCUGGUGUAGGCUCCCACCUUGCUGUGGUGUUCAUUGAGCAGCAGAGGAGCUCUCACUGGACUCCCGUGUACCCAUCUUGCCCUUGGACCCCUGUUGUGGGGAGUCCACUCCUGGUUUGCUUUUUGACAGCCUCCCCUUAGCUGGCUUUGAGGCCCUGCCUAUCACCACAGCCUAGGACUUGCUGCUCCAAGGCCCCCUGCUCUGAGGAGGCAGCUUGCCAUAUAGUCAAGGUCACACUCUUGGGAAGCCUCCCAGAACUUCUCAAAGCAGUCCAGUGGCUAUUUGAAUUAGCUUCUCCAUUCGGUCCUUCGGCUCAUGCAUUCAGUUCAAGUGUCCUUUGUCCCAGGUUCAUAGAUGCUGCCUUUCUCGUGGAAGACCUCUGGCCCAGUGGGUCGCAAGUGGUAUUCCAACAACAGAGAUGGGAUAAGUUGCUUUCAGGACCAGCUUGCUCUCCUGGUUUUAGCCCUGACGUUCUUUGUACAUGUGAACUGCUGUCUUCUCCGUGAGCCGUGGUUGACUCACUCUGAAAUGAGGGACAGUCUCUUGGUGGAUGAUCCCCUCGUGCUGUUUGCUGUUUCUCCGCUGCUGUCCUUGCAGUUCUCCUCUCCCUGGAUGCAGGCUCUCAUAGUAAGGUUUCCCAGCGUCACACUUUGGACUCUAAGCUGUUAGCCACCCUCAUCCUGUGAAAUGUAUUCGCAUGUAUUCACCUAAGAUGACUAUUCCUUGUGAGCCAGUUAAUGACGAUAUUUAUGCCCUUCCCUUCUAAGCUGUAGUUUGGGAAUCCAGCCCACAUAGACAGACUCUUGCUUUUUGUGGUGUAUUCAGUGCCAAGUUUUGCAUCUGGACAGGAAAACCUACUCUGCUUUUUGGGCGCAUAAGUAACGUAUGUGAAGUGCAGUGUCCAAGAAACUGCCUGUGUUUCAGCACCUCAGUGGUAAUUGUGGAUUUUCUGUUCUUUUUGGCCUGCAGUUCCUGGAGAAAGUGCAUUUUGCUCCUUGUCUCAGCCUCCUCCUGCACUUGGCAGGUCUGUCAAGGAAGUUACCAAGUGGCAGGUAGAGCAUCUUCCUGGCUUGAAUACUGUCAUUUGUUGCCAAUGUCCCAGUCCUUGAGACUUGUCUGACAGUGCCACAUACCCAGUUUUGGUCUCUCUGAGCAGGCCUCCUGUGUCCCCACCUUGACUCUGAGGCCCCUCCUGCCAGCCCCGUAUUUUCUGUGUGGGUCCCAGUGCUCUCUGCCACCUCCUCCCAGUACAUAUGCCCUGCCAUUAUUCCCCUGCUGCCCAAGGGCCAAACUGCUUCUCACGUAGGCUGGUGUCAUUUCAAGAGGACCAAAGCCUCUGUGAGCCUUUUUAUUUUUAGUAAAAUGGUGCUUUUUCCUUACUUGGAGAUAUUCUCUAUAAAUAAUGUAAAUGACACUUUUUCGUACAGAGCUGUUUCGAGUAUUGCUUUCCAGAGCUUGCUGAAUCUGCUUGAGCUCUGGCUCCUGACUCUGUCAGCCUGGAACGCCUUGCCAGAAACUCAGAAGGGCAGGUGCAGGCAGCACCAGAAGCCCUGGGAAUAAGUGUUCAGAUUGUCUGGGUCACAGCAGUGUUUAAUUCUGUCACUCAGUCCGUGAACAGUCUUUAUAUCUUUCUUACCAUGUGGAGUAUAUUGACUAAAUCUGUGAGCAAAUUGGAAUACUCCUCCCUUUAGGCAGCAUCACAGUUUGUUUUUUCCCUCAGGAUUAUUUCUGUAUAAUUCCUUCACUGUCAGAUGAGAGGGCAUGCAGGUGGCUCUCUAGGAGAAUGCCUCUGGCAGCAUUACAUGAAACUAGGGAGAUGAGUCAUGCUCAUGAGGAGGCCUCUCCUGAGCUUGUAGCCACUCAGAGGGCUGUUUUCCCAUCUACAGGUGUACUGGUGGCCCUUCUGCAGGGCUACCUUCCUUUUCCUACCUGAGGCAACUUGGCAGAAAAAUGUGACCAUAUAACUGCUGCUGAGCCUGGGUCCCUCAGCCCAGAGCACAUAGACUCAGAGUUGCAGGGCUUGGCGAGAAGUACUUAAUCCACGGUGGAUGAAGUCUGACUGGGCUAAAGAUGCACUUUCUUUGCAUCCUGUGGACAUAGGAGGGGCCUGCCUGGUAAGGCCUAAAGUAGCUCCUUGAUUGCUGCUUUCCCUUACGAGGGCCAAAGAGAUGAACUUUGCUACAUUGCCAUGUCUCAGAGAAGUUGCCAUGUCUCACCCAGAAGGGAAUUUUUCCUCUUUAAUGUGCCUGGAGGAACGCUGUGAGCUACUGCAGUUGGCCUGCCCUUUUCUUUGCCAGGAGCCAAGAAGGGAAGGGAUAGGCAUAUGCAAAGGUCAGGCCUUCUUUCUACCCAACCGUGACGGAGCCAACUUUCUCUUGCUUCUUGCCACUGCUCAGCCCUGUUUCCUUGGGAAAGGAUGGUCCCUCUGUCUUUAGGCUUUGCAAUAAAGUCACUUCCUGUAAGGAUCAGGCCUGUUUCCUUCUUUAAAGGCCUAGAAGGCUUCUUGAGGUGACAGUGGACAGGAGCCCUCUAGUGUGCAGGACAGCUGGUGGAUUUAUCUGCUUUCUUGGUGUCUGAGAACCUUCUUUACCCUUCCUACAGAGUUCUGCAGAGGUUUUGACAGUAUGUAAGUACUAUGUUUCCUUGUGGUGUACACUCUGUUCUUUGUUUUUAAAUCAAAAUGCCUGUUUGGGAGGAGAUGAACGUAUUUAGUCUAUUAGAUUUGCGCUGCUGGAUUUUUUUUUUUUGAAUGUGUAAUCUUGACUAGCUGUCUUAUUGUUUAUUCUGUAAGAUUAGUCUAUCAAUUAAAGUUUGAUAAUUAA